UUGCAGUGGCCCUGCAGUUAUAGUUCAUUCUUUCUUCGUCCUAUUUCCGUAGUGCUUCUUAUCUCCCACCGUAUUCAACAUGGCCGCCGAGAACCCGUCCCCAACCGACGAGACCGCAGCGACCGAGCCGGCCCCGAAACCUCCGCAGCGAACACCUAACUUUUCCGACUACCUGCGUGUCUUCAAGUACGCGACGAAAUGGGACUUCUGCGGGUACGUCGUGGCGUCGGCCGCGUCUCUGGGCGCCGGCGUCACGAUGCCGCUUAUGAACGUCGUCUUCGGCCAGCUAGUGGGGGAGUUCACCGACUACUUUAGGGGCACCACAGCCAUUUCGCGCGAUGACUUCGACCGGAUCUUGACCCGGCAGGCUCUGCUCAUAAUGGCCCUGUUCCUCUUGCGCUGGACCUUAAGCUCUGUCAACAAGUUCUGCUUCCGCAUGAUCGGCAUCCGCCUCUCGUCGGCCGUGCUCGGCCACUACCUGCGCGCCCUGUUCGCCCAGUCCGUCCACGUCGUCGACUCCAUGCCCCCCGGGGCCCCCGCGACCGCCAUCACCGUCACGUCGACCACCCUGCAGAUCGGAAUUUCCGAGCGCCUCGGCACGCUACUCGAGUUUAACGCCACCCUCUGGUCCGCCCUCAUUAUCGCCUUCACAUGGAGCUGGGAUCUGACACUUGUGACAUCGUCGUUGGUUGUCUAUAUGAUGGUGGUGUUGGCCUUGCUCUUGCCUCUGAUAGUCAAGGGUCAGGCUGCCACCGGUCGGGCGGAUGCCGAAGGCACUGCUAUUGCCAGUGAGGCCCUUGGAGGAAUCCGGCUAGUUAUGGCUUGUGGUGCCCAGGGCCGCACCAUCUCGCGUUAUCAGCGUUGGGUGCUCGAGGCUAAGAAGAGCGGCCAAAAGACCGCGCCGAUCGCAGGGCUCCAGUUCGGCUUGGUGUUCUUCGGCGUAUUUGGGGCCUAUGGCCUAUCUUUCUGGUAUGGGGCCCAGAGGUAUAUGGCUGGGGCUCUCACUAACGUCGGUACUAUUAUCGUGGUACUGAUGUCGGUCAUGUUGAUUCUCGUCAGCAUCGAGCGUGUCGCAACGCCGCUCAUGGCCGUCAGUAAGGCGAUGCUUGCUGCGUGUGAGUUGUUCACUCUUAUCGACGCCCCUCUGCCUACAUCUGGUUCCCUCAAACCCGACAUUAGUGGAGAAGAUCUAUUUUUCCGAGACGUCAUGUUCGAGUACCCUUCCCGUCCCGGGGUCCAAGUCCUAGACGGAUUGAAUGUCCGUAUCCGAUCAGGCCAGAACACGGCCGUCGUAGGUCCGUCUGGCUCCGGUAAGAGCACCAUAGUGGCGUUGUUGGCACGUUGGUACUCUUUGAAGGACCAACCCAUGGUGCCUGAGGUUGUCGCGCAGCCAAAUGAGAAAAUGGGUGGCGACCAGCCCGAUAAUGAAUCGCAGCCUCCCGCCAGGCCCAAACUGUCCGGGUCCAUUACGGUCGGUGACCACAAUUUGGAGGACCUCGAUGUCCAUUGGUGGAGGGCACGAAUCGGCCUCGUUCAACAGGAACCGUUUUUGUUUAACGAUACCAUAUUCAACAAUGUUGCCAAUGGUUUGAUAGGAACCCAGUGGCAAGACGACUCUGAAGCACGGAAGAGAGAACUGGUUGAGGAGGCAUGCCGCGAAGCCUACGCUCAUGAAUUCAUUAGACGCCUACCCGAUGGAUAUGACACACAAGUUGGCGAUGGCGGCGCAAAGCUCUCGGGCGGUCAGAAACAACGCCUUGCUAUCGCUAGGAGCAUCAUCAAGAAGCCGCAGAUCAUCAUUCUUGACGAGGCCACCAGCGCGAUUGACGCCAAGAGCGAGAAGAUAGUCCAGGCCGCGCUCGACCGGGCCACGCAGAAUCGCACGACCAUCACCAUAGCCCAUCGCCUUUCGACUAUUAAGAAGGCCGAUCACAUUAUCGUGAUGCGAAACGGUCAGGCGGUUGAGCAGGGCACACACCAGAGCCUUCUCGAAGACGCGGGUGGCGUCUACAGUGCCCUAGUCCGGGCCCAGUUACUUCAGCUGUCGCGUGCUGACGAGACCCUCUCUAAGGAGGCAAACUUCGAGGCGACAUUAAAGGAGGUUGUGGAUUCUGACACAGAGAAAGCGUUCGAUGAUCAUAACCACGCCGUUAGUCCAUAUACCCCCACUAGCGAUAAUGCUGGGGAUCAGUCCCGAGGAGAGCCGGCUAAUAGCCCCCGAGGCAUAAUCGGCAGUUUCGGAAAACUCCUAUACGAGCAGCGCGCGCAGUGGGUCUCGUACCUGGGCAUCGUCCUAUCUGCGAUGGCUGUGGCGGCGGCGACACCCCUACAGGCAUGGCUAUUCGCGCAGGUGCUCGGGGUCUUCCUGGUGACGGAUGACACCGCGCUCGAUAGGGGAAGUGACUUCUGGGGGUUGAUGUGGCUCGCCCUCGCCGGCGGUGUCCUUGUUUCGUACUUCUGCGAAGGAUGGUUCGGCUUGCACGUACAGUAUGCCGUCAGCGCGGUGUACAAGACACAGUACCUGACAGACAUGUUGCACCAACAGGUGGCCUUCUUCGACGAGGACGGCAACGCGCACGGCGCGCUGACUUCACGUGUCACGGGCGACGCGAAACAGCUAGAGGAGUUGCUCGGCAUGAACCUCGCGUUCCUGCUCUCUGGGGUUUUCUCCGUCGUUGGCUGCGUCGCCAUCGCGCUCGUGUUUGGUUGGAAGCUCGCCCUCAUUGCCGCGUUCGUCACAAUGCCCGUGAUGCUGUUCUCUGGUUACUGGAAAUUCAGACACGAGAUACAUUUCAACCAGAUGAGCUCUGAGGUCUUCACCGAGAGCUCGAAGUUCGCUACCGAAGCCAUCGGGGCAAUCAGGACGGUUUCUGCUCUCACGAUGGAGGCCACAAUUAACGACCGAUACCAGAAGCUUCUAGAUGGCCACGUAAAAGCAGCCCUCCGAAAGGCGUGCUCAAUGUGUGUGAUGUUCGGCUUCGCUGACAGCGCUAGUCUCGGUUGUCAGGCUCUGGUCUUUUGGUAUGGCGGCGGGAUGUUGGCCAGGGGCGAGUAUACACUGCAGGCUUUCUUGGUCUGCUUUAUGGCCAUCAUACAGGGCGCAGAGGCAGCAAGCCAAAGUCUCUCUGCAGCGCCCAAUGCAGCGCAGGCGGUAGCAGCAGCGAAUCGCAUACUCGACAUUCGGAAAUCAGCGAACAUUGACCGGCAGAGAACAGGUCACAGCGAGGGAGUACCCAAAGCGGAUAGUGGUAUCGGUAUCGAGUUACGGGAUGUCUAUUUCAAGUACCCCACGCGGGAUGUCUCCGUCUUUGAAGGGUUGAGCCUCAGCAUCGAUAAGGGCCAGUACGUGGCGUUUGUUGGGGCAUCUGGGUCUGGAAAGUCGACGAUUAUUUCGCUCCUGGAGCGGUUUUAUGAUCUGGGCCCGGGCCAGGGCGCGAUUCUCUGUAACGGCACCAACAUCAACAACCUCGACGCCUACAGCUACCGGAAAACCCUGUCCCUCGUGGCCCAGGAGCCGAUAAUGUUCCGCGGGACCAUACGCGAAAACAUCUUGUUCGGCGUCGAGGAUCCUAGCUCUGUUUCUGAUGCGCGGGUCGAGGAGGUCUGCCGCGACGCCUUCAUUCACGAUUUCAUCGUUUCUCUGCCCGAAGGUUAUAACACCGAGGUCGGCCUGAAGGGCGUCUCGAUGUCAGGGGGGCAGAAGCAGCGGGUGGCAAUCGCACGUGCCUUGAUCCGAGAUCCCAAGAUUCUACUUUUAGACGAAGCAACGUCGGCGUUAGAUUCUGAGUCGGAGAAGGUCGUACAGGCCGCGUUGGAGAGCGCACGCAACGGACGGACCAUGAUCGCCGUCGCUCAUCGACUAUCGACAAUCCAGAAUGCCGAUGCCAUCUUUGUCCUCGACAAUGGAAGGGUGGUUGAAACGGGUACUCACGAUGAUCUCCUUAAGCGGCAAGGUAUUUACUGGGAAAUGUGUCAGAGCCAGGCCUUAGAUCAGUAGAUAGAAUAUCGAGACCCCUUUGCCCGUCUCCUCCAAUCCUAACCGCAGUUGCCACGUAUUAUCAUAUUACCAGCGUACUUUCGUAGAAUUUCCUAUGUCCGAAUCAACGGGGAUCGUGUCGCGCUUCGUCAAUGGAGAUUUGCGGAAUUUUGACUUAUUCACCGGCGCCUUCAUCUUCAUAUAGACCCUUUGUCACGUAGAGAGCCACCUAUACAUAGCUCUCUACUUCUUCUCUGGUUGCUCGCUUCCCUAACCUAGCCCCCAGCUCCCUAUUGUAUAUAUAUAG